AUGUCUACAAAGAUCCAUACUUUUCUAAUGAGCAUCUUGGAAAUUCAUAUUUUGGAUGAAGACACACAAUCCGAGCAUUCAGCUUCCGGUUCGACUCACGAUGGGCAGGAGCAGACGCCAUUGCUUCGUCCUACUACAACUGGUGUCGCUCUAGGUCCAUCCCUUGACCCAAUUCCCAAAAAAAGUAGGAAAAAUGGUGGUUCGCAAGACAAACUAGAAGCAGCAUUCCCAAUUCUGAAAACAUCUGCUGCUCAUAAUCAGAAAGAAGACAGCGAAUCUGAUCUAUUUGGAAAAUUGAUAGCUAAAAAAUUGGACUCAUAUUCGACAGUUACGAAAAUUGCUGUGCAGCAAGCCGUAAUGGGUAUCAUCUUUAAUGCAGAUUCUGGAUUCUAUGAGCAGCCACAACAUCUCCAUCCCAGGCCAGAUCAUCAACGGAUGAAAUAG